UUGCCCUGCCCGCAGCAACAUGGCAGUAUGAGCCGGCGUCCAAGUACUUCUCAGUGCAGCCCUCGCAAGCUGCGUAUGAGAGUGCAUGGCCGCGUGACGAUUGGCGCAGACAGGUGUUGACAUUGUACCUGAUUACAUGGUAUAUCAGACCACCACAAUUGCGGUAGGCACAUAUCUAACACAUCAAUCACAGGCUGUUCGGUGUCCUUGUCUACUAUGUCUUCGCGUCCGCAUCCUACUUCUUCAUCUUCGACAAGGCGACCUUCGCCCACCCACGAUACCUCAAGAACCAGAUCAGACUCGAGAUGAAACAAGCCAACAUCGCCUUCCCUAUCAUGGCCAUCUUCACCGCGCCAUGGUUCCUGGCUGAAGUGCGCGGCUACUCAAAGCUCUACGAUGCUACAGAGGAGGGUCCUGGAGCUUGGUACAACUGGUUGCAGUUCCCACUGUUUGUCUGCUUCACCGAUUUCUGCAUCUAUUGGAUCCACCGCGGUCUGCACCACAAGAGCAUCUACAAGACGCUGCACAAGCCCCACCACAAGUGGAUUAUGCCUACGCCCUUCGCCUCGCACGCUUUCCACCCCAUGGACGGCUAUGCGCAGGGUCUGCCAUACCACAUCUUCCCCUUCAUUUUCCCGCUUCAGAAAUUCGCAUACGUUGCGCUCUUCAUCUUCGUCAACAUCUGGACAGUCCUCAUUCAUGACGGAGAGUACGCGCACAACUCACCUAUCAUCAACGGUGCCGCUUGCCAUACGAUGCAUCACUUAUAUUUCAACUACAACUACGGACAGUUCACAACGCUGUGGGACCGCAUGGGUGGCAGCUACAGGAAGCCGAACGAUGAGCUGUUUCAGAAGGAGCUCAAGAUGUGCCAGAGCGAGUGGGCAAAGCAGGCCAAGGCUGUCGACAAGAUGGUUGAGGAAGUUGAGGGCGAGGACGACCGCAAGUACGAACCUGAUAUGGAGCCUAAGAAGGUCCGCUAGGUGAAGACUUCAAUCGAGCUCCCAGUAUACAGAAUGACACGACGAUGGAAGAGACCGGACUGAAGGAGACGUGUACAAUCACAUCACCCGGCAAGUAAAUGCCGAGCCGCUUUGAGGCGGCAACAAAAGUGAGGAAGGCCUCAGCGACUUCUGUGUAAUCAUACCGUUCAGCGUACCGCGUACGAAAAGCUUGGAGUUUGAUGUGGCUGCUUGAUGCGGCUCACUUGUAAUAUGCGCAUUGGAGCUGCCAAGGUCGAGGUUGGCAAGACAUGCAGUAUAAUUGUAAUUACGAAGAGUGACAAUCACAUCUCAAC